UACGCCACAUGGAAAAUGCGUACAGUGCCGUACUGGUCCUUCCGUUUAACUCGUUCGAAGGCCAUAAAUACAAGGCAAGCGCAGGAGGAAGAGGCGUGGAUCGCUGAAGAAGAAAAUCGAGGAGAGGAGGCGAGGAUCGCUCUUAAGUUCUUAUCUGGAGAGUUGAAGAUGGAAAUGAAGAAAUCGGCCGGGAGGAAGGGUCAACAAAUACCUGAGCACCAGCUCGAGACUGUGGAUCUUAGCGGAUUAGCACUGGAUGUCGUACCAAACUCCCUAAACAUUGCCAUGAUAGGCAAACUGGAUCUUUCUAACAACAAUUUAGAGAGUAUUCCAGAAUCUCUGACAGCAAGAUUACUAAAUCUGGUCGUGUUGGGUUUACACUCUAACCAACUGAAGACUCUCCCAAAUUCGAUCGGUUGCUUGUCCAAGCUGAAAAUUUUGAACGUCUCCGGAAAUCUUCUGGAAUCCUUACCGAAAACCAUAGAGGACUGCAGGUCACUGGAAGAACUGAAUGCCAACUUCAACAAGCUCACCAAGCUACCAGACACCAUAGGCUUCGAGCUAGUGAACCUAAAGAAACUCUCCGUAAAUUCCAACAGACUCGUGGCUCUCCCCUACUCCACAUCUCACCUCACGGCGCUUCGCGUGCUCGAUGCGCGGCUCAACUGCCUUAGAUCCUUGCCGGAGGACAUGGAGAAUCUCACGAAUCUUGAAAUCCUGAACGUCAGUCAGAACUUCCAGCACUUGGUCUCGCUACCAUACUCACUUGGCCUGCUGACAUCUUUGCAAGAACUAGACGUCAGCUACAACAGGAUUCAAACCUUGCCCAACUCGCUUGGUUGCUUGAAGAACUUGAAAAAGCUAUGUGUUGAAGGGAACCCUCUGGUUUGUCCGCCCAUGGAGGUGGUAGAGCAGAGCCUAGAAGCCGUAAUGAUCUAUCUCUGCGGAAGGAUAAACGGCAGCGACGGAGAACGGACUAUGAAGAGGUCGUGGUUCGGGAAACUUGUCAAGUAUAGCACUUUCAAUGGGUUUAUGAACCAGAAGGUGGGCGUGGGCUCUCCAGAAGACGGAUUCUCCUUCUCGGAUUACAGGUCGAUAGAUGGGCUCGCCACGCCGAGGCACAUAAGUAUGUUUUCGCCUCGCCGGAUUUUCUCGCCGAAGCGCUCGUUUGCGAUCUUUUCCCCCAAGAAUUCCCCUACAAGGCUCUGGCAGGGACGUCACAAUUAAACGGCGUAAUUCGUUUGCCUUCUUGAUCUUAUCUUGAGGGUACCGACGUUUGGAGGCUUUCGAUCUGUAAAUUCUCACGCUACAUAUUUGUUUAAUAGUGGCUUGUCUUCUUCCUCUUCAGGCAUAAAAACUUCAACUGUAACCAUGGGCGUCCUGAUGAGAUGAUUUAUUUACUAUAUUAUUGUUUUUCAUUACGUUGGCUGUAUCAUGAGAUUUAAAAACUCGAGGUUGCAUACGGAAAAUCAGAUGCUUACGGUUCACGAUUUGUAUAAAACUAAGGGGAGAGAGGGAAAACGUAUUGUAAUAUUAUUGCAAACAAAGAUUAGCAAAGGGAAAUUUCUGUUUGAGGCC